GCGGGCUACUCCGGGGCGGGCUACUCCGAGGCGGGCUACUCCGGGCGGGCUACUCCGAGGCGGGCUACUCCGGGGCGGGCUACUCCGAGGCGGGCUACUCCGGGGCGUAAAUCGAGUGCCCCCAUAGGCGUGGUCGAGUAGAGCGUGGAUCUGAUUGGCUGGUUUGGACGCUAGUGUGUUUUUAAAUCGGAGCUGACUAGCUUUCGCGAACCGUCUGUCUAAAGGAGCUAGCUGUCAACAUUGGUUGGCACAUCAAUUCGUGGUGUAUUUGGUAAGAAAUUAUUUAAUUUUUCCGUUCAGAAUAGCUUCUGAUUAACUUCAGGCAAUGUUCUCACGUUGCCAUAAAAAAUAGUUAGCAAUCCAUUAGCGUCAGCUAGCUAGCGCGAUGGUAAGUCCAUAGCUAGGUCAGCCAGCUAGUUAGCUCGUGGAUCAUUCAUAUCAAAACAUUAUCUAGCUACCUAACAAUUAAUUUAUAUCACUGAUUCCCCUUUAACACAGAUAUGAGAGAUCUUACAGGAGUUAACGUUAACUUGAAACAGCGCUUGACCAAGACGGUCUUGUAGACAUGGGGUGUGUGUUUAGUCGAAAGUGGCCCAGUGUAUCUACUUGUUCUGUCAUUACAGUAACUAGCUAGCGGUUAAUGUCAUUAAAAUGUGCGUGACUGACAUACCUUCCUCCCAACCCUCAGCCAGCAGCAAUGAGGACCAGUGAGUUUGAUUCAUCAUCUGAUGAAGAGGAAGUUUGUGAAGAGGAGCUGACGCCGUUCCAGAUCUCCUGGCAAGUUUCUCACUGACACAUUACUCAGGGCAAAGGUCACUGGCCUGGUCACACACUGAUCAAGUAGGUAACCCAUGUAUCUAUACAUACAGUGCCUUGCAAAAGUAUUCGUUUUUCCUAUUUUGUUGCAUUACAACCUGUAAUUUAAAUGGAUUAUUAUUUUUAUUUCAUGUAAUGGACAUACACAAACUAGUCCAAAUUGGUGAAGUGAAAUGAAGAAAAAUAAAUAAUAGAAAAGUGGUGCGUGCAUAUGUAUUCACCCCCUCCGCUAUGAAGCCCUUAAAUAAGAUCUGGUGCAACCAAUUACCUUCAGAAGUCACAUAAUUAGUUAAAUAAAGUCCACCUGUGUGCAAUCAAAGUGUCACAUGAUCUCAGUAUAUAAACACCUGUUCUGAAAGGCCCCAGAGUCUGCAACACCACUAAGCAAGGGGCACCAUGAAGACCAAGGAGCUCUCCAAACAGGUCAGGGACAAAGUGGUGAAGUACAGAUCAGGGUUAGGUUAUAAAAAAAGAUCAGAAACUUUGAACAUCCCACGGAGCACCAUUAAAUCCAUUAUUAAAAAAUUGAAUGAAUAUGGCACCACAACAAACCUGCCAAGAGAGGGCCGCCCACCAAAACUCACAGACCAGGCAAGGCGGGCAUUAAUCAGAGAGGCAACAUAGAGACCAAAGAUAACCGUGAAGGAGCUGCAAAGCUCCACAGCGGAGAUUGGAGUAUCUGUCCAUAGGACCACUUUAAGCCGUACACUCCACAGAGCUGGGCUUUACGGAAGAGUGUCCAGAAAAAAGCCAUUGCUUAAAGAAAAAAAUAAGUAAACACGGCAUGUGGGAGACUCCCCAAACAUAUGGAAGAAGGUACUCUGGUCAGAUGAGACUAAAAUUGAGCUUUUUGGCCAUCAAGGAAAACGCUAUGUCUGGCGCAAACCCAACACCUCUCAUCACCCCGAGAACACCAUCCCAACAGUGAAGUGUGGUGGCAGCAUCAUGCUGUGGGGAUGUUUUUCAUCGACAGGGAUUGGGAAACUAGUCAGAAUUGAAGGCAUGAUGGAUGCCGCUAAAUACAGGGAAAUUCUUGAGGGAAACCUGUUUCAGUCUUCCAGAGAUUUGAGACUGGGAUGGAGGUUCACCUUCCAGCAGGACAAUGAGGUAAUGACCCUAAGCAUACUGCUAAAGCAACACUUGAGUGGUUUAAGGGGAAACAUUUAAAUGUCUUAGAAUGGCCUAGUCAAAGCCCAGACCUCAAUCCAAUUGAGAAUCUGUGGUAUGACUUAAAGAUUGCUGUACACCAGCGGAACCCAUCCAACUUGAAGGAGCUGGAGCAGUUUUGCCUUGAAGAAUGGGCAAAAAUCCCAGUGGCUAGAUGUGCCAAGCUUAUAGAGACAUACCCCAAGAGACUUGCAGCUGUAAUUGCUGCAAAAGGUGGCUCUACAAAGUAUUGACUUUGGGGGGGUGAAUAGUUAUGCACGCUCAAGUUUUCAGUUUUUUUUUGUCUUAUUUCUUGUUUGUUUCACAAUAACACAUAUUUUCCAUCUUCAAAGUGGUAGGCAUGUUGUGUAAAUCAAAUGAUACAAACCCCCCCCCAAAAAAUACAUUUUAAUUCCAGGUUGUAAGGCAACAAAAUAGGAAUAAUGCCAAGGUGGGUGAAUACUUUUGCAAGCCACUGUAGCCUAAUGGGCCUGGUAGCAAAUGGAUCAACCGUUCUCCCUGACAGGUUGCCGCUGUCCGCAGCGGAGUGCUCCCAGUUUAUUGGAAUAUGUCCUUUGCCAGGGUGCAAAUUCAAAGACAUCCGAAGAAAUUUACAGCGAGACGUUGGUAAGUUGACCUAUUUCCGUGAAAUGAAGUCUCAUAAUAGUAGGCUAAUUCCCCUAAGAGAGGCUAUGGUUAGACCGGAUGGAUGGGUUGUUAUGUCUUUGUCCGCAUGGGCAAUCCAUUGUCGGUGGGGGGGGGGGGAUGAUUAUUCUGUCUUUUCGGUGCAGUCUAGGCCGAUGUGACUGCAAUAAUGUAGUGUUGUUCUGAAUCGGCUUGAUGACAUCAUGUCCCAAAUGGCACCCCUCUGGAUAGGAGCGUCUGCUAAAUGACUAAAAUGUAAAAUGUGUGUACUUUUGUAAGGGAAUAGGGUACCAUUUGGGGGACACCUACAGUAUUAUUUAUAUUUUUAUAUAUAUAUAUAUAUAUAUAUAUAUCUUCAUGUCUUUUGUCCAGGUGAGCUGCAGAACCAGGGGGUGGAGGAUGUGUUUGUGUUCUGUACCAGGGGAGAGCUCCAUAAGUACCGUGUGCCUCGCCUCCUGGAGGCCUACAGGCUGCAGGGGCUCCGGGUGCACCACCUGCCCUUCCCUGACGGGGGCACCCCCGACCUGGAGCACUGCUGCCAGAUACUGGAGGCACUGCAGGCCAACCUACACAACAACAGGAAGACUGUCAUCCAGUGAGUAGGAAAGAGUAUUUCGUUUGGAUUACGGAUGGUGUCAUGCAAUACAAUUAUGCACUUUUUUUUUUUUUUUUUUUGAGAAGUUCACGUUUGACUUGAUGCAUUCAUUUUAGCUCCUAUUGGCGCAAAAUCAAAAGAUUUGCGAUGGUGGUUUCUGUUUUUAAAGUGUAGGUUUUUGUCUUUACAAUACGAACAAGUGUUUAACUACUCAUGUUCUCUGUGCUUCUCUCCUCAGUUGUUACGGAGGCCUGGGUCGCUCUGGACUAAGUAUGUGUUGUUAUUUUUAUUUUUUCUUGACUCUGAACGGGUGUCUCUGUCGCAACAUCGUCAACAUGACGUCUCUCUCUUUCAACAGUUGCUGCCUGUCUGCUCCUCAAGCUGUCCGUCUCCAUGACUCCCGACAAAGCCAUCGAGAUCCUGAGAGAGCACAGAGGGGGCGGGGCCAUUCAGACAGUCAAGGUGAUGAGAUGCUUCUAAUCUUUCUUUUAAAAAAUCGCUUAUUAUUGUAGAAGCCUGGUCCCAGAUCUGUUUGUGCUCUUGUGCGAACUCCAUUGAUGUCAUUGUCGAGCUAUAAAGUUGGGCAUGACAAUUCCAUGAGUUGUCAAGAGAGCAGAAACGGAUCUGGAACCACUAAUGUAUUGUUUGUCUGGAUUGUCUAUAAUGUUGCUGUAAUUUCCCUUUUGAUCAGCAAUACAACUUCUUGCAUGAGUUCCGGGAAAAAUACUCUGCCUACCAAGAAAGCAAAGCAGUCUCAACAGAGCGAUCGGUGUCGCGGUGA